AUGGACCUCUCUGUCACAGUCAGCUUCAUCUUCAUUGUCAGCGCUACUCUCUUAGGCUUCGCUGCUAUGAUCGCUUUGUUUGUAUCGAUGCCUUUUAGCUGCUGUAAAAUCUCGAACGGUGAUCUGGCUGAUGGCAACCGCGGCAGGCAACGCGCGGGCGCUGCUACCGGGCAGUUGGGCUCGUCCUCCAACGGCGAGGGAGCCGCGUCAGAACGUGAGUGGAGGGGUAUUCCGCUGAACUCGCGGCCGCCUCGCCUUACCCCAGAGCAAGAGAUCCUGCGCGACAAGGCAAUGGAGCGGUACAAGCGACGUAAGGCCCGCCAGGAACGCCGUUGUCAGCGCCAAGCUGCCCGCGAGGCGCGCAUGGCGAAUAUGCGCGAGGGUUACGGAGAAGACACAGCGAGCGAGGGCGAGUUUGCUGAUGGUUCCUCUGUCACCAGUCGAACGACACUCGCGUCUGCUGCGCCGACAGCGCGGACAGCGUCGACUGUCGCGUACGGACGAGGCUCCUACUUCCUACCUUCCCCCUGCGCCUGUGAGGGGCACAUAGAGGAGCAUGAUGACAGCGACGACCGGCGCAGCUCACGCAGCAGCGGCUCGCGGGGCAGCACUGGCACUGCGCGCAGUCGUGCCAGCCAGGGCACCGCCACGACCAAGUCGCACAUGCGUCACCGCCAGCGCCAGCGUCUGCGUCGUCGCGAGCAGCAACAGCAGGUGGAUCUGUUUAAUCAGUGGGCACGCAUGCAGAUGGUGCCUUCCUCAGAGCUGUCACCCUCCUCAAAGUCUCUCUCUGCGUCGUCGCAGCGUGACGAGGAGGGAAGCACGACAGAUGAAGGUGGUCGUCGCCGCACCAAAGCGGCCUUCGGCAGUCGUUGCCGCGUCCAUACGCAUCGGAGACGCUCGUCCAGCGUGGCCAGUUCAGCACCUCGUCCACCGGAGGACGUGCUCGGCACCGGCUGCUCGACGUACCCGUUCGUCAUGAACGCCGAGCACGGCCAUCUGGAGAGCCUCAGAGUUGGCAAUCAGCACCCGGUGUCUGACAAGAUAACAGUGGAUGCAGACGGUAGUGAAUGCGACACGACGCCCUUCUGCCCGUUUACGCACUCGAACGGUGCGACCGAUUCGAGUUCGCCGCAUGUGUCGCCGGCGGAUCACUUAAGAUACGCUAACCGCACCGGUGAGCAGAGCGGCCAUCUGCAGCCGCGCCGCCACAAGCAUACGUGGAAAAAUGUUGAGCACAACGUCGCACUCAGUGGUUUCUUUAACCGCCCUACGAAUGAUAACAUGGCUGGCGCAGAUAUUCAGUCUAGGCCCCACUACAAUGACGGAGAGCCGUCACACAACCCCCUCGGGGACCACGAGCAUAUUUUCCAGAAGUGA